CGCAAAGCUGACAACCUGAACGCUGAGCAGCAUCCUACUCUUUCUCCCAUUGCCAUAACAACCAACAGCACAGUCCGCGUGGUUAAUAUCCGUCUUCAUAACAAGCAUUUUGACUGAACACGUCUACAAAGAUUUGUUCUUUAUUUUUUCGGUGGUAAAAAAAAACUCUGGAAAGACCGAGCUAACGCAAAACGAAGGUGACACCUACCGCCCCGUCAAACAAUUUACGUAAAACCGAUUAGCUCGUUGACCUGCAGGUGCAUCCGCCGAGAGAGAGAGAGAGAGAAGCCUUCACCUUAAGCAGCGCCUGCAGAUGCCGAACUCCCCAGUUUGACAAGAAGGUAAAAAAAGAUCAUUCGUGAACGGUCGGUCGAAACUGUCCGUGUGACCUGCUCUCAUACGCGAGCAGGAAGUGUGACUCUCGGCGUGGGAACGGCUUAUUGACUCGAGGGGCUUUUGUCAAAACCUUAUCUGCGUUUACCCCGGUUCCACCAUGGCUCGGGAGAACGGAGAGUCCGGGUCGGAAUCGUGGAAAAAGCAAGUUGACGACAUCAAGAAGAUAUUUGAAUUCAAGGAGAUCCUCGGGACCGGGGCGUUCUCUGAAGUGGUGCUGGCCCAGGAGAAGGCCUCGGGGAAGAUGUUUGCCGUAAAGUGCAUCCCGAAGAAAGCGCUGAAGGGCAAAGAGAGCAGCAUCGAGAACGAGAUCGCCGUGCUCCGAAAAAUAAAGCAUGAAAAUAUUGUUGCGCUGGAGGAUAUCUACGAGAGCUCCAAUCACCUGUACCUGAUCAUGCAAUUGGUAUCAGGAGGAGAGCUGUUUGACCGCAUCGUGGAGAAGGGCUUCUACACAGAGAAGGACGCCAGCACACUGAUCCGACAGGUCCUGGAUGCAGUCAACUACCUCCACAAGAUGGGCAUCGUGCACAGAGACCUUAAGCCAGAGAACCUGCUGUACUUUAACCCCCAGGAUGAGUCUAAGAUCAUGAUCAGUGACUUCGGCCUGUCCAAGAUGGAGGGCACAGGUGAUGUCAUGUCCACAGCGUGUGGGACGCCAGGAUACGUGGCUCCAGAAGUCCUGGCGCAGAAACCCUACAGUAAGGCUGUGGACUGCUGGUCUAUCGGGGUCAUUGCCUACAUCCUGUUGUGUGGCUACCCUCCGUUCUAUGAUGAGAAUGACUCCAAGCUGUUUGAGCAGAUCCUGAAGGCAGACUACGAGUUUGAUUCCCCGUACUGGGAUGAUAUAUCAGAUUCAGCGAAAGACUUCAUCAGCAGCCUGAUGGAGAAAGACCCGGCCAAGAGGUUUACCUGCGAGCAGGCACUGCGCCACCCCUGGAUUGCCGGGGACACUGCCCUCUCUAAGAACAUCCAUGAGUCAGUCAGUCGACAGAUGAGGAAAAACUUCGCCAAAAGCAAAUGGAGGCAAGCCUUUAAUGCCACGGCGGUGGUGCGGCACAUGAGACGGCUGCAGCUGAGCAGCAGUGUCGACAGCUCUCACCACCCCAACCGCAACCAGAACCGCAACCCCAACGCCGCGCACAUCAAAUGCCCGUCCACAGACUCCCCCGCCAUGCCGCUCAAGGACUGUACGCCCCCUCCCGCCACGCCUUGUAGCCUGGCGUCGGCGGCCUCCUCGCCAGCGAGGGCUCUCUCAGCUGUAGGGGCGGCCCUGCCAGCGGGGGGUGCUGAGCAGCACCGGCCACGCCCUUCCACCGUCACCACGGUGCACACAGGGACCAAGUGACGCCAAGCCCCGCGGGGAGCGAGCUGGGAGGCCACAGCGCUGUGAGAGGAGGGGCCACCCCUGGCCCCACCCCCUCUUCUGUGACCACGCCCCACCCCGCCCCUCGCCCUGCUCCUCCGAGGUGCCCAGGAGGACUGGAUGAGCAGAGGACUCUUGAAUCGCCAUAUUUCCUACCGGCUCUGCCCGAGACGCAGGUCCCUGCCGUGUGCAGAGCCAAUCACCGAUCUCCACCAUGCGGCUGCUGCCACACCCAGCCUCGCCGGGAUAGGGACGUGUCCCAGACAAACAGAAGGACAGGAGUGGGUCCCUUCGUAAGGUCCAACGCAUACAAAACCUGCAUGGCCAUACAAGAUACAGACACAUCUGUGUUCAAAAGGAAUUCUUUAUCGGUGAGAGAGACUGCUAUGGAGCGCCAGGUUUGUGCGCUGUGCUCCCCCAUCCAGAACUCGGUAUCGGACAGGGUGAUGUCACACACUCGAGCGGAAUUCUAUGUGGGGUGUGUCCUCCUCUAA